UUCAAAACGCGCGGUUAACCGAUGUACUGUCGAAACAAUUUCGAACAUAAACAACAUCCAGACGUGUGGGCUACUAACCACAUCGAAAUCCGGUGAAAUUUUUUACCGAUUCUUGCGUUUAAGAAGAUUUCAAGACACGCGACGGUUUUAAUGCUUUGAAAUUUGCAUACGUGUAACGUGAGUUAUUGUACGGAAAAUAUUUGCCGACAAAAAGAUGGCAUAGUCUAAAAGGGACUUCUUAAUAUUUCGAGAUAAGUUGUUAAUAAUGUCAAGGAACAGGGAUCAACUGCCUGUAAGGAAAGUCACCAUACAGCAAAAGGUGGUUCAACCUAUGAACACUUCCGUAGCCACUACGAAUAAUGAUUUCGACAGCUUCCGACGUUACCCGACCGUGGUAUCGCAUGACCCAAGCGGACGUGGCCAUCGCGGGAAAAACUGGGCUAAGCCUACCAGGGGGGUGGUGGCGAAUAUUGUCAAAGAUUUAGAUCAGGCGGGUGGAAAGAGAAAGACAAAUGAUGAUGAUCCAAGUAAGACUGGCAGAAAGGAUUAUAUUGAGAAAAAUGAUGAAAGAAGUGCGUCACUUUAUGAGGAGAGGAAACAAGGAGGUGUGAAUAAAACAGGAGCCAGGUUACCACCUGUGGUUCCACCAAAGCCAAAGAGACAAAAAUCAGAAGCAAAAUCCGACAGUUCCAUGUUUAAAAGUUUGGAAAUCCCAAGAGAGGCUGCAGUAGGCGAACAACAAACAAAACUUCAGAAAAACGCUAAAUCAGGAGCCAAACUCGACUUACAGAGGAAGCCAUCAGCAGAGGAAAGGCAUGCUGUAACCUGGGAGAACACGUUCAAGGAGUUGAAGGAAAAGAUUUCAGAAAGAAUGGCGUCGAAAGCUGUGACGAGAAAGCCUCCAGAUGGUGUGAACAUGAAAAACAAACAGGACGGUGAUACGAAGACGAAAAAUACAUCAGACACAGGAAAAUUAAAAAACAAAAAGCCUGAAAUUGCAGCAAAAACUGACGCAAGACAAUCACCGAAAAUGUUAAAAAAAAGUCGCGAGAUUCCCUUUGAAAAACCGUCGGAAAAUACAGGGAAAAGCGAGAGCAAAACACCUUAUGGUGGGGUAAGGAAUGAGGGGGAAGGAAGAACAGCACAAACCAAAGAUAUGGAAAUAAACAAUAUUUCAGGAACAACGAACAAGGCUGCGGUAACAAAACUAUCGGAGCAAAGGAAAACAUCAGGUAGUCCUUCGUUUAUUGAAGAGAGGCAGCUCUGGGAAAAAGCUGUUAGGGAACUUGAGCUAACGAUAGCUGAUAAAGAUUUAGUAAUUGACAAUCUUAGUAAAGUCAACCGUAAGCUUAGCCAGGAUAUUGAGCACUAUGUCGGGACACUUAAGGAUCGCGACAGGAUCGCUGGUCACACACAAAUGAUACCGCAUGAGCAGUAUCAGGUGAUAACAGGUGAUGAAGAGGGUUAUGUCAAAACAAAUGACAGAUAUGGCUGUCAAGGAUCAAUUGAGCAACGCGAUAGGAGAGUAGAAGAACUUCAGGAACACAUGAGGAAAAACAGGGAGGAGUAUGAAUGGAUAUUAGAAGAACGCGAGUCACAAAUACUAGCGCUUGAACAGAAGUUAAAUGAAAUGCGUCAAACAGAGGAAAGAAAAGGUAGAAACUCACUAGACCUUAGCCAAGGCUCACAAAAUGUGUUGAAAAUAUUAGAAUUGAGAAAAGAAAAAGGUGAAUUGGAGAAGAAAGUCAAUCUGCUUGAAGAGCGCUUGAAAUCCUACGAAGCUGCUUCGGAAAAUGAAACAAGGGCAAGGGGUAAACAAACAUUCCACGAAAUUCCAUCAAUGCUCUACAAAUUCCAAGAUGGUAUCGAGAGUAAAUUACAGGAAAAUGAGCUCGUCGUUAGCAUGCUGGAGGAGAAACUAAUGAGGUGUUUAGAAAACUGUAAUAAGCUAAAAGAAUUGGACAAAAAUAAGACACAGCAAAGACGUAUAUUUGAAGAACAAUUCUCGCAGGAACCUAUUCAACAAGUACAGUCUAUUCCCGAACUGGGAGAUGCGGCUGUCCGAGAUGUUUUCCUACGUGAAUCGACUCCCGGAGAAAACAAAAACCUACGAGAUAACACCCUUGAUUAUCUCACUCCGAAGGAACCGGAUAUUUGUACCACGGAUAAUUCAAGUUCGACCGAGAUGACCAGCUUGGCUCAAAAUCUGAAAACUUUGAAAGAUGAAUUGCAGAAGGAAAAAAUGAUAAAUGAAAAUUUGAUGGAGCGGUUCCUUGAAGUUGAAGAACUAAAUAAUGACUAUCUGAACUCUAUCAAAUCACUCGAGAGUAAAACGGAAGACGUCGACAGUCUCCAAGUUCGGAACGAAGAACUCCGAGCACAGAAUGAGGGACUUCUUGGAAGACUUUCGGAAAUCGCGGAGAAGUUCGACACGCAUGGCGAUGAGAUUUCGGGAGAGAGAUCGCGUCUAGUUCAAAGUUCCUUGGAAUCAAAGGAAAGCAAAAUUCAGGAACUGCAAGAAAAACUUGAUGAAGAUGAAGCCCUCAUCGAAGAAUUGCGGGAAAAGGUUGUUGAAGAUGAAGAGCUGAUCGAGGAAAUCCGUGCGAACUGUCAACGGGAGGAAAAGUGGAACCGAGAAAUGCAGCGGAGUUACGAGUGGGAACUAAAUUCUAGCGCCAAAAAAGACGACCGCAUUGAGGAAUUCCAAGACUGCCUGUGGGCGCGGGAAAAGAUAGUCCGAGAAUUACAAGAGCAAUUGGAUUUCGAGGAUAAGCGUUGUGAAGAAUUACUUGAAAAAUUAAUCGUUUCUCAGAAAGAGGCUGAAGAUUUCCAAGAGAUUUGUAAAGAUUUGCGAAAGAAACUCGAAGAUUCUGAGAAGAGGAUUAGGGAGUUUUGCGAUCAGAAUGACAAAGAUGCGGUUACCAUUAGCAACCUGACGUCAGAAAAUAAGAACUUGCGAUUGGAUAAUGAUAAUUUGAAGAAAUCAAAGCGCAAUUUGGAGGAAGAUUUGGAGCGGGUGAAUGGUUGUUUGGAGGCGGUAGAAGCUGAUAAAGAGAACUUCUUGACCAGACAAGAAACCGAAGUGAAAAAAUUAUCGGAUGAUUUAGAAGACAAACAGUUUACGAGCAAAGGGAAAGACGAGGUGAUUGAAAAGCUACAGGAGAAUGUUCUGCUACUUUCGGCCGAUGUCCAGAAGAUGGAAUUUCAGAUGGAGGAGGGAAGACUGACAUUAGAAGAGGAGAUCAAGAAAUCAAGAGACGAAUUGAAGAAACGAGAUAAACACUUAGCUGAAGCCUUGGAAAAAUACAAGGAACUCCAAGAGGUAUGCAAAUGUUUGAGAGAAACGAUUUCCGAGAAAGAAGGUGAUGUUUUGGACCGUGAAGCAACUAUAGCGCACCAGAGAGAAAUCCUCGAAGGUUACGAGAAGGAAAUUGAAAGACUUCGGAGAAUUUGUGAUGAUAAUCCAACACCCUUGAACGAUAAACCUGAACUUGUCUACACAGAAUCGGAAAUGGAAGAAGUUAAUGAUUUCCUAGAACAAGAACGAGUUCUUUCUGAAAUUCUAAGAAAACAAAUCUCAUUUCUAGAAAACGAAGUUAGUGAAAUUAAGGAGAGUUUUGAUAAAUCGACCGCGGUAGUUGAAGAACGAACCAAGGCGCUUGAAUCUGCCCGGAAUGAAAUUAAAGAACACGAAAGCAGGCAAGAGGAAACGAGUAAAGAGCUCGGCGACACGAAUGAGAAGUUAACGAGCACGAACGAGGAACUAUGCAUUGCUAAUACGGAAUUAGCAAGGGUGAGAGAGGAGUUGAUCUCAAGCCAGCAAAGUGUUGAUGAAUCUAACACCAAAGUAACUUUACUGCAGGUCGAUUUGACCGCGUUGAAUACGAAGUAUCAACUGCUCGAGGCAUUAGAAGAGAACAAUGAAAACGAACUAGUGGCUGCAAAACAAAAAUUGGAAAAACUAUACAAGGAAAUGGAAGAGUUGAAGCACGAGAAUGAAAGAAUGAGACAAAGAGAGGAAUCUGUGGGAGACGUGAGAAUGCAAGUAAUCGAUGUGAGCGACCAAAAUGAAAUUGAAAGAGAGCAAGUUGUUACUGAUGACAAUUCUCUUCAUCAGGAUGAAUUGAGUUAUCAAAGUUUGACAGAACGCUCUGAGGUGGACGGAGAAAUCAAUCCUACGAUGGUAAACCAACUGCAGAGCGAACAAAAUGUCCCAGAACUUGAAGUUGUUGUGAGUAACGAGGAUUUACUGUUGAGCGAAGUAUAUCAAAAUGAACGUGAAGGUCAGAGUGUGGAAAGAGCUGAUCUAGACAACAGUGGACUGGAUUUUGAUAACAAACAACAGCUUAUAAACGAACUGCAAAACGAAACACAAAGUUUGAUAUCAGAGUUAGACGAACUCAGGCAGGAAAGGAGGCAAAUACUGGAGAAGAGAGACAAGUUAAAAAUAUCCGUGAAAGAACUUCAGGCUUUAAAUGAAACGGUUAGUUGUGAAAACAAGGAACUAAAACAUCAAGUUGAAACCUUGACAGACAAAUGGUUAGAAAGUGAACAAAAAUUACGUGAAGCACAAGCAACUAAUGUGAACCUUCGUUAUACUCUGGAAGAAUAUGUUUCCCAGUCACAAGCACAAAUCCGACAUUUGAAAAACCACGAACGAGAAGUUGCCACCUUAACAGAACAUAUUCACGACAUGGAUGUCCUGGUUCAGGGAUUUAAAACCUCUUUACAAGAAGUGGUGGAACGGGAGAAAAAGAGCGUUGAAGAUACAGUUGAAGGUGUUCAAAAGCUGGAAGGUGAAAGCGAUUUGAAAGAAAAUGGGACCCAAAGUGAGCCUCGAGAGACACCAGGUUUAAGAAACAACACAUUGGCAACCGUUUUACCCGAAAAAAUUGUCAAAAAUAAUAAAAUCAAGGAACGUGAAAGUGAUUCACAAAAAAGUGAGACCGCAAGUCUUGGUUGUGCAUCAGCUGAAGGAAACACAAGCGAUGCUGUUUCGGCUCAAACUUCUAACGACGAUGACACAACCCCAACCUCCCAAACAGCACUUGAAUUUUUGAAAAAGAUUUACAGAAAAAUUUUCGCUGUGAAGAUUCCUGAGAACGUUAUUCUUGUUCUGAUAUUCUUAAUUCUCGUCUUUAGUCUCGGAUGUACAAACAUCCCUAUCAUUUCUAGAAAAUAUCUUUUCGUUUUCGCAAAUACUUUCAUAACAUUGAUCUUCUUUGCACUUUGGGUAAAUGAACUUCAUAAGAAUAAGAAAUACAAAGCCGUGGAAAUGUUUUCGGGUCAAAAGGAUCGUAACAAGUCUUCACAAGUUACUCUGCCGUGUGACAAUUGUGGCGGCGGGGUUACGAUACAAUGUGAUGAAAUUUAUCGUUACGCAAAGAUCAGGUCCUCGUUUCAAGAACUUCACGAAAAGUUCCUAGAAGCCGUUGAGAAUUCCAGCAAAGAUACGAUGCCGAUUCAGGAAUUGUACGAAAAAUACGAGAAACUAAAAGAGUACGUCGAAGAUAUGAGGACAGAACGUUUACAAAUGAACAUGAUGAAUUCAGAGCCGGAAAAUGAUGAAAUUUCUAGGAAUGACAGUCCUUUAUCACCCAAGUGGAACAAAGCGGCAACAAUUCUAGGAAAAUCUCUCGUAAUCACUUUACUUUGUGAGGUGUUAUACAUUCGUGGACUAUAUUUCCUUCCUAAUGCCGUAAAUUUGUUUUCAUACGUACUGAGCUUGAUCGCUUUCUCGUAUUUCUACGAAACAAUUUGCGUGGAAACCACUAAACACGAGGAGCCAUGCGCGACCACACGCGAGAUGGAACUAGAACACGAGAUUAAUGAACUAAAUCACAUUAUCGAGAAGGAGCACGAGCUCGUCACGACGCAACGCGAAGCAAUGAAAGUCCUGGAGAAACGACUACGUAAAGAGUUUGAAAAGAGAAUCAAGCAAAGGAACAUUCUGCUGAAGAAACUGAAAUAUAAGGGGAAACUGGAGGAUCUGAAGGAACUCUUGGAUACCGAUGAACACGAUGAACGUAAGGGGAUAACUGAGAGUUUGAACAACGGAGAGGGGAAUAAUAAUAACCAAAGACUGGGCCCAGUCAUCAACGGAAAUAACAAUCCAUUAAUGGACAAAGCCGGUAAGCAAGGAACACACGGGUUGACCGGGGUUAGUAAGGUACAACAAGGGUUUACCUCUAUGGAGGCAGAAGAGAACACAAUGAGACAUCAAGAGAUAAAUUCAAAGGAGAAUCAUGUUACUAAAGAACUACAGGAGAUCAUUAGCAGCGCCGAAAAGGAAUCUCUGGAUUUAGGAUUCGUAUUUUCGCCGAUGUUUUUCUUCCUGGGAUUACCACUGACCGCAAUAUUGUUGUCAUGUCGAUACAUCGCAUUACCAGUGUUGAUGAUGGCGAUACAAGCCUUCAUAAUCGUAAAAGAAACGAACUUCAUCAAAGUCGAGGGCUUACCCAAGGUGUUGCAGAAGAAUAUCAACCCUAUAGUACUGGACACAAUCGUGGUACUUUAUGCAUGUAUGCUAGCGAUAUUUUUGCAAUGCACCCAAAGCAUUGUGGUAAUGAUCACGUGUGCUCUCGUACAGCUAGGUGUUCAUUGGUGGACGAGUUACAGACUAGCGAAACGGGACGACACGUUGCAAGAGAUAUCGACGAACUGUUUACCGAUUGUGGAAAACAAAUCUUGAUGUAAAUCCAAAAUAAACUCGAGGCAUACGUUACACCUCAAUCCAUCGCCCACGUACUUUGGAUUUCUUCACGAUUUUUCUUUCUUGAACAUCAGUCAUUUUAACGUUCUUAAUACCCAGUGGCGUAGCUAGUAGCAUCAAUGAUUAGGAGGGAGGUCGGGCAUAUUCAUAUAUUCAUGUUAACAGACUGCAGACUCAGAAGAACUUGCCAAUGAGAACAUGGAUUCAUGAAUAUGCCCCCUCCCAAUUAUCGAUGCGGCAAGGCCAUUGUUCAUACUAUUACAAAUAGAAAGCUGUUUUUAGUAGAAGCAAUUUUUUGGCCGAGAGAAAUACUGUGUAGUUGUUUAAUAAAAUUCCC